AUGAGGAUCGUAACCAUAGACCUAUAAACUAAGUAACAUUCGUAACUUUUGUACGGUCAUAUCUCCGGUAGGCGCGUUACGUGUGCACAGAGUGGCAGAGACGCAGAGUGACAUAGGCUGUAACUCGUAAGCAGCUGUAGACUUGAAUCACGAUUAAACUAAUAAAGAUACUAGGUAUCUAUAAUAGCCGUGACUUGAACCAAAUCUGGAUGUUUACAACCAUAGAUAAAGAUAUAACAAGUUGUUGAUAUCAGCUAUUUAUUUUACACGCAACCAUAGACCUUAGACCAUAGACGUAACUGCACACAGAGACGUACACGCCUUACUACACCUACGGCAUCAUAACGACUUCUAUAGUAACUACAUAACCUAAUAUUAUUCAAUAUUGUUUUGUAACGUAGGUAUAGCCUAUAGCUACGAGCUAACACUGCUUGCUUAUUGAACGCAUGCUUAUAACUUGUUACUUAUUGGUAUUGAUUUUUCAGUUUUAUAAUUUUUUAGUUAUAAUAUCUAAGUUCGUAACCAGUCGUGUUUAUCGUUGUUUUUUUAUCUUAAAUAUCGUCAUAAGUCUGAAUUUUUUGACAUAAAAAAAACCCUGAAGACUGAAUUUAAUUGACAUUUAAGUCUCGUUUUGCACCAUUUUCCAUGAUGUCCAAUCCAACUGAAAUUGGUGAGAUAAUUUCUAAUUUAAAAGCAACCAUCACAUCAAAUAAAGGUGGUGUACAAUUAAAUUGCAUUGAAUCUGAUUAUUUUAAUUUAAUUGGUGAACAUAUACCGUAUCGGGAACUAGGAUACAACUCUUUGUUAGAAUUUCUUGAGCCUCUCAAGGUAUUCAAAAUUAAAAAUAAUGGAUUUAACAAAUUUGUGCAUGUUGUAAGUGAUGGAAAAACUCAACAUUUGGAAAAGAUGAUAAAUAAACAAAAAACAAAAAAGUCUAAGCGUUCAAAAUCUAAAUUUCGUGUGGUACCAUCGAAGAGUUUGAAUUAUACGUACAAUAGCUACAACAGUUCUAUGCAAAAUCGGUUGAAAAAAAAAAGACAACCAGUCAAUAAGCUUGAAAAACAUACUGCUGAUGUAAAUCCUACCAUCAAGGAACAUUUUAGAUUGCCAAAAAUAAAAUAUGAAAAUAAAAUAUUCGAGAAAAAAGACAAACCAAAAGCGAGACCAAAAGUAUCUGCUCAAGACCGGUUACAAAAAUAUGAGAAAAAAGAUAUUUAUCAAAUUGAGGUUAAGGACGAAGAAUUAAAAAGUAACACUACAAUAAAUGAAAAAUCAAAAAGUGAGACUAUAAUAAAUGAAGAAUUAAAAAGUAAUACUACAAUAAAUGAAAAAUCAAAAAGUGAGACUAUAAUAAAUGAAGAAUUAUUAAAAAAUAAUACUACAAUAAAUGAAAAUUCAAAAAGUGAGACUAUAAUAAAUGAAGAAUCAAGAAGUGAGACUAUAAUAGAAGAUUCAUUUCUGGAACUAUCAGGCGUUUUUACAAAAAAAUGCAAUAUUUAUGAAACGGUGUACAAUAUACCAAUACAACCUAAACAAAUACCUACAUAUUACAAUGAUCAGACCAACUUGAAAAUGUAUCAGUAUAUACUUGAAAGUAAAUGCAAGAAAAUUGUAAAAGUGGUAGCUGUGUUAAGUUCUUCAAGCAUUUGUGUCGUAUUGGAAGAUAGCAAUACUAAUGCAGUGAUAGCUGUAUUAAAUAAGUUGAAACUAUUUGAUGAAUUUCCAUUUAUCAAAGAAAUUGUAAUUGAUAAAUUAUUGGAAACCAAGUGUAUUCUAAUUCCAGAAAGUGUAAUUACACAUCCCCUUACCGUGACUCUAUAUGAUUUGGAAACCAAGAUGAAUAUAAAUGACGACAUAAUCAGUAGUUUCUUUCAAAAAGUAACACCAAACAUUACUUCUGAGGAUAGAUUUGAUUCUACAGAAGCUAAACUAAUAUCAAUGGAAGCUGGAUAUUGUUAUUUGCAGUUUAAUAAAGAUUUAAUAAAAUCUCUUGAAAAACUUUUUUCAACUGAUCAAUUUUUGGGACCUUGUUUAAAAAAUUCUAGAGAUGUUGAUUAUAAAGAGACAUAUUUGGCUUACUAUGAGCCAAACAUUAAGGGUAGAGUUAAAGUGGAAUAUUUCGUCAAUGAUAAUCAAGUUAAAGUAUUUUUUAUCGACUAUGGCCGUUUCAAGAUUGUUGAAGUAAAUACACUAAUUGCUCUAUUUAGUAUUAAUGCUCUCCUUGUUCGGAUUCCAAGUCAAGCUAUUAAAGUGGCGUUGCACUUGUUCCCUCCUGAAGAUGUUACACGCAGAACACAAGAGGAGUUGUUUAAUAUUUUAGGGAAUAAUACCUAUGUAUCCAUUUAUAAACUUAAGGAUUAUAAGGGACAAAUUCCAUGUGUCCAGUUAUGGAAUAUUGCAUAUCCCGAUACAUUUAUCAAUAUUAUUUUAUAUUCAAGGUUAUUCAAGCACGAGUUGUCGGAGAAAUAAGUAGUUUUUGAUGCAACGUACAAAGAAGAAAUUUUGUUUUAUUUAUAUGUAAACAUAUAUCAAAUAAAGAGAAGAUACAAAAUUAAAAA